CAUGCGCAAGAGCGCGACCACGCCGCGUGCGCGCGCUGCAGACCACCUCCCGUGCCGCGGGCCGGGCUCGGCCAUGGGUUCGGCGCCGGCCGCGGGCUCGGUGCGCGCGCGCUACCUCGUGUACUUCCAGUAUGUGGGCACCGACUUUAACGGGGUGGCGGCCGUCAGGGGCGCCCAGCGGGCCGUCGGGGUCCAGAACUACCUGGAGGAGGCCGCCGAGCGGCUCAACUCCGUGGAGCCGGUCAGGUUCACCAUCUCCAGCCGCACAGACGCCGGGGUGCACGCCCUGAGCAACGCGGCGCACCUGGACGUCCAGCGCCGCCCGGGCCGGCCGCCCUUCCCGCCCGAGGUCCUGACCGAGGCCCUCAACACCCACCUGCGGCACCCGGCCAUCAGGGUCCUGCGGGCCUUCCGAGUGCCCAGCGACUUCCACGCUCGCCACGCAGCCACGUCCCGGACCUACCUGUACCGCCUGGUCACCGGCUGUCACCGGUCUGACGAGCUGCCCGUGUUUGAACGCAACCUAUGCUGGGCUCUCCGGGCAGACCGCCUAGACGUGGCCGCCAUGCAGGAAGCGGCCCAGCACCUCCUCGGCACACACGACUUCAGCGCCUUCCAGUCGGCCGGCAGCCCGGUACCAAGCCCCGUGCGGACACUGCGCCGUGUCUCCGUGUCCCCAGGCCUGGCCAGCCCCUUGGUCACCCCCCAGGAGAGCAGAUGCUGCUUCCUGCACCCUGCAGGGGCCACAGUUUGGGAGCCACGAAUGACCCUGGACGCUCAGCCAAAAUCAGGCCACCCCAGGGCAGUUGCAGCUACCUGGGGCCCACAGCACUGCUGCCUUACCUCCAAAUUAGCCCCGUCUGCCUCAGUCCCACCACCCUGGAUGCCCAUCUCUGUCCCGGGCGGGGCAGGGUGCAGUGCAGGACGUAGUCGGGGGCACCAAGUGAUCUUUUGUUAUGCUUUUACUGGAAACUGCUGUCUGGGACCCCCUGCCCUAACCAUCGUUUUGGGGGCCAGGAGCAGGAAUAAAGGCAAAGCAGCCCGGAGGUCAGUUUAUUUCUUCAGCUGCAAACAGCCACUCGGGCGGGCACAUGACCCCCAGGGACUGGAUCCGCAGGGUGUGUUCACCCAGUGCACCCACAGUCCUGAAGUGCAGGCCCAGGUCUCUCCAGCUAGGUGAGGGCAGAGGUAGGUGGGUGGGUGGCUGGCCUCAGCUGAGAGCCUGGGGGAGGCCCUUCUUCAGCAGAGACGUGAGGAAGCUCCCCAGCUCCUCGUCCUGGAGCAGAGGCAAGAGCACCAUGGGCAGCACGGGACGGGGAGGGGAUGGUGACACCUGAGCUGACCUCAGUGGGGCGGGGGCGCCCCUUACCUGGUAGGUCCAAGAGACCAGCAGCACCUUGGUGCCUGGGUCCUCAGAGGGGGCGGCAGCCUGGAUAAGGAUGGACUCCACAGUCACCGAGCCGUCCGGGAGGUGCUGCACACAGUGGUCCUUCAGGAUGCUGUGGGGAGGCUCCAUGAGACCCUGCCUUGCCCCCAGGGCCCGAGAGGUGGAGGGGCAGGGCCGGGCGCCAACCUCUUGAGGUGGCUGUAGACACGCAAUGCAGUCUCCUGCUCCUUGCGCGUGUCGUGCAGGUGCACGCGGCAGGUGAAGCGCAGCUGGUGCUCGGCUAGGCCCAGCUCUUUGAGGGCUUGCUCUGAGGACACCAGCCGGAAAUUCUGUGGGGCAGGGGCAGGUCAGAGAGCGCAGCAGUGGCCCUCCCCCCUCCAGAGGCCACCCUGCCACUCACGCUGUCCUUCAUGAUCAGGGUGCCGUGCAGGAGCCGCGGUUUCUUGGCCUCAGGGAGCAACCCUGUGGAGGCAGCAGGGGCCAUCGACGUGAGGGCAGCUCCCAGCCACCCGGCCCAAGCACCCAGCCCGGCCCUGCCCGCGUACCCUGUGCCAUCUCCUGCUUCAGCAGCCCCAGCGAGAUGCCUACAGGGAUGCUGAGGCUCGUGGGCAGCGUCACCGUCUCGCCGUUGGCCGGCAUGUAGCAGCUGACCCCUGGACCCCGGGGAA